UACAUCUCUUUAUUUAUUUUGCGCAAUUUUCAGUAAGUUCAUUUUCUACUCAUUUUAUUUAAACAGACAAAAGUGUAAAAAAUUAUUGCAAGUAAUUUGGAGUUUAAAGUUUCUUUUCGACUCGGGUUCUCUAGAAUAUAUAUCAAGUACGUAUCUAUAAUCUCAUUCGUCUAUUGCAAAUGGCACCAUACUUGAAGCUCAUUGCCUACGCUAAUUAAUUUUAAAUUAUACUAACAAAUUUUAUUAUGUAAGAUCGUAUUUCCGCAGAUCGGCUUCGUCUUGAUUGUGCUUCACCUAUUUCCAUGUAUUUUUAUCAAUCGCAGAUACAAGUCUCUUCAAAGCAUCGCGUUUAUCUUUUUGCAGUAUUAUCACGAUGGCAACUGGUUUCGACAACAGCACCGUGCAGCACGCUCAACAGGAGUUGACCAGCGAAGAUAAGAAAUAUGCAGCGGAAAAUUUGAACGAGACCGACGAGACUAGAAGGAAUGCUGUCGCGGAAAUUAAACACUGGAUCGAAGAAAGCGACGAUUUGUCCGUACAAAAUGGUGAUUUUCUCAUUCUACGAUUUCUGAGAACUUGCAAAUUUGAUGUCGAGCAAACUAAGGACAGGAUUCGAAACUAUUACCAGCAGCGAUCCGAUUUAUCGGAGUGGUAUACAAACAAGGAUCCGUUUCGACCGGAAAUGCAAGAGCUGCUUGAUCUGGGAAUAUUUGUACCUCUGCGAAAGCCGGACAGUCAAGGAAGAAUCGUUUUUCUGAUGCGCCCAACUCUGAAUGACCCGAAUGUACACGAAAUACCAAAUAUAAUGAAGAUCUGUAUAUUGAUGAUAGAAACGGCGAUGAAGUAUUAUCCCGCAGGAUCUAUAUAUGGUGUGGCAUUCUAUAUAGAUGUAUCCAAUCCAAGUACGCGCCAGAUUUUUCAAUACUCUCCCUUUGUGUUAAAAAAUUUAGCCCAUUUAUGGCAAAAGUGCUAUCCUAUGAGAUAUCAAAAAAUUGUUUUUUUUAACGCAUCAUCAAUCCUUAAUGUUCUUAUUAGCACUUUGAGACUUUUUCUGACAGAAAAGUUAAAAAAUAGAUUUUACGUGUAUUCAGACCAAAAGUGUUUUGAAGAUAUUCCAUCUGAUACCUUGCCUAUCGAGUAUGGCGGUACGAAUGGGACAAUGCAGGAACUAAUAGAAUAUUGGAAAAGAUUCAUCCAGAAGAAUCGCGACUGGCUUAUGGAGGAAGAGAACAGCCCAAGUAUCGAGAUAGAACCUAUAGAGGAAGAUUUUCAGCAGACACAUUUAUAACUUACAAAGAAAUCACGUAAAAUCAUAUUGCAUAAAGAGUUAUGCAAUAUGAUUUUACGUGAUUUUUGUGCAAGUUAUAAAUAUGUUUGUUGAAAAUCUUCCUCUACAGGUUCACCUGUCUCGAUACUUUGGCCAUUCUUAUCUAUAGUCAGUUUUUUGUUCACGUAACUUUUAACAUAACUAAAUUAAUUUUAUAAACCAUCAACUUUAACUUAAUUUAGUUAAAAUAAAAUGUAUUAAUUUACCCAACCCUGUAUACGCAGUAUAUGUCUAGUAUAAUAUUAAAAUAAAGUGUGCUAAUAAUUAUACAAUGUUCCAUCAAAUUUCUUUUUGUAUUAUAAAUAAUUAUGUUUAACGCAAUAUUACUAAAAAAAAAAAAAAAAUUGUAAAACUCCAAAUGAUUUGAGUAAUCGACGAUUGUCUCAAUUGGCGAAUCGGAAGGGACGGAGAACGAAGGGAAUUCCGUUUCUCUCAGCGAGCCGUGUC